AAUUAUUGUGAGGUUGUAACAAAUUUUGAGGUUAUAACUUAAAAGUUAUCAGAGUUAUCACUUUUUAAGAUUUUGUUUUAUUUAGAUGACGCUAUAUAAACAACGGAUACGUUCAUUUAUAGAUUAUAAGGGUUGAGAUGCACUGGAGGCAUGAUAAUGCUGCAGAAUGGACACAAGUGGUGCUACUCUUGACUCUGACUCCGCCGAUUUAGAUCCGUUGCGUCAAGACAAGUCAACAAGCACCACAGAUCUGCCGACGGCAGACGACGACGCAACUUUCGACGUCGAACUAUCGAAUGUGCAAGUCGACGCCGUCCACCCACUUUUCACCGAAGUUUUCGGCACACGACGCAAGAGAAGCGUCGGAACGUCCACCACCGAAGACCGGUGUCAGCUCUACUCUUGUGCUGACUGUGACACUUUCAUCUACAAGACGUGGCUGGACGUCACCAACCACUUCAUCACAAUCAAACAUGUGCCGAAACAUGACUGUGUGUAUUGCGGUGGUGCUGUGUUCGAGUAUUUCGAUAAUAGAACUCUUUUGUUGCACCACAAGUGCGACAACAUAAGUCCGAGCAAUUGCGAUCAGUUGGAUAUGUCUUCAAAGCCAGGCUGUGAUGAUAAAGUUAAUGGGAAAAUCAAGGGGUAAUCGAAAUUUGAUUGCAACGAAAAAGUUAAUUUUUGUUGAAUAGAUGGAAGGUAGCAUUUGAGAACCAUAAAUUCAAUCCACUAAAUAGAAUUGCUCAAGAAUUCAUAAAAAUAUU